UUUUUUCCCCUAUCUUGCCUCCUGAGUUUUUUCUUUUCUGGGUGUUGCCUGUUCGGAUUACAACUUUGGAGUUUCACCGGGUGUUGCUGAGAAGGACACACAAUCUGGAUAACUUUCUUAAACGACGACAUUAUAUUAACUUUUGGAGCGCAGUCGAAGGCACUUUGGUUACGUUGCCAAGCGACACCGGCUGGUUUUAUUUUAGCCGCCGUUAGCCUCUGCUAAGCUAACUGAAACCAUUUACCGUUGGCUGGGUUGCUAGCGACAGAGGCGACCAAUGCAGGCCAUUAAGUGUGUGGUGGUGGGGGACGGGGCUGUGGGGAAAACAUGCCUGCUCAUCAGCUACACUACCAAUGCCUUCCCUGGAGAGUACAUCCCAACAGUCUUUGACAACUACUCUGCCAAUGUGAUGGUGGAUGGCAAACCGGUGAACCUGGGCUUGUGGGAUACAGCGGGACAGGAGGACUACGAUAGGCUGAGGCCUCUGUCCUACCCUCAGACAGAUGUGUUCCUGAUUUGCUUUUCACUAGUCAGUCCGGCCUCCUUUGAAAACGUCCGUGCCAAGUGGUACCCUGAGGUGAGACACCACUGUCCCAACACGCCCAUCAUCCUGGUGGGCACCAAGCUGGAUCUGAGAGACGACAAGGACACGAUUGAGAAACUGAAGGAGAAGAAGCUUAGCCCCAUCACCUACCCUCAGGGCCUGGCCAUGGCUAAAGAAAUAAGUGAGUUGAACAGUGAUGCAAAUUAG